AAAACAUGCGCUUGUAAAAACUGUACAUCGGUCUAAUCUUAAAUACCAGGGUUAGAAAAUAGGACGACGUACCUCACGUACUUGUACGUAGAACAGAAUGUUGCGUGUUUAUGAAUGAAAAUUAACAAAUCUAGUUGAAUUCUGAAGGAUUACUUGGGAGGAGUAAACUAUGGCAGGUUUGUUUGGUCGGAAGGGUACAAAAGUGACCAAAACACUUCUUCCUGAAUACGAUUAUAUUGUGGUUGGCGCGGGGUCUGCUGGGGCGGUGGUGGCUGCCCGCCUCUCGGAGGACGCCGGAAGUAGCAUCCUGUUGCUGGAGGCCGGCGGCGACGACUACGGCGACAAGAUGGUGGCUGUCCCUAUGAUGUAUGGGGCCCUUCAGCGGACCCAUCGGGACUGGAUGCUGUCAGUUGAGCCGCAAAAACACGCCCUGAAAGCGUUCAAGGGAAACCGAAAUUACUAUCCAAGAGGGAAAAUACUUGGGGGAAGCAGUAACCUGAACGCGAUGAUCUACGUGAGGGGGUGUCGCCUGGACUUUGACAGGUGGGAGGAGCUAGGCUGCGAGGGAUGGAACUACGAAGACGUCAUGCCCUACUUCCUGAAGUCAGAGGCGUUCGUUGACAUUAACAAUGGCGAUCCAAUCAUUGAAAAAGAGUACCACAACACGCGCGGUCCGCAGGAAGUGACGCGGUACAGCCCGUCCUCACUGUCCCAGGUGUUCCGCUCCGCCGGAGAGGAGCUCGGAUACAAAACCGUGGAUUACAACGGCCGUGAAAUGAUAGGGCUGUCGCCGACGUUUACGAAUGUGACAAAGAAUGGGCUGCGUGCGAGCACUUCUCGUGCCUUUCUGUGGCCAGCAAUGAACCGUCCCAAUCUGCACAUAUCCAUACACUCGCACGUGGAGAAGGUACUCAUUGAAGGCAACCGCGCUAUUGGCGUUUUGGUAAACAAGGAUGGACGGGAAGUCACCGUCCGAUGCCGGAAGGAAGUAGUGCUAUGCGCAGGCGCCAUCAUGAGUCCGCAGAUCCUGAUGUUAUCAGGGAUAGGGCCUAGGCAACACCUCGAUGCAGCCAAGAUCCCGGUGCUUAAGGAUCUGCCGGUAGGAGAGAAUCUACAGGACCACCUGCUUGUACCCGUCAACUCUCCAUGCACGAGUACCGACUUGCUCACCAGGAGCAAGGUGCUUAACCCCCUAAAUAUCAUGAAAUACCUGUGGUCCGGCGGAGGUCGGCUGAGGUCGUCCCCCGUGACGGAGCUUUCGUUCUUCCGGUUAGGCUCGGCCACGCCCCCAGGGAUGCCGGAUAUUCAGUUUCACGUGACGCCCGCGGCCCAAGAAAGGGGAGUGAGAGAAAACACUGAGCAACAGUUGAAUUACAAGGAUGAGAUAUUUACCGAGUACCUAGCAUCGGGGGCGAAGAAUUUCGGCUCCAGACAGGGUUUCACAAUAUGGGUGACACUGUUGCACCCCAAGAGUACCGGAACUGUCCGUCUGAACGUAGUGGACCCCAAAGGACCACCCCUUGUGGACCCAGAUUUUCUGGCUCGUCAGGAAGACGUGGAUAUAUAUGUUAAAGGCAUACGCGAAGCCCAACGUUUUCUGGACACCAAAGCCAUGAAAGCCAUCGGUGCGGAAUCCAGAAAUAUCGAGAGGGUCUACAAACCCAUCUUAUGGCAGCAUGCUUACGACUCGGACGGUUACUAUGGAGAAUAUGUACGUCACUUUGCCAACACUGCAUACCAUCCAACGUCAACGUGUAAAAUGGGUGCCAUCGAAGACCCAUCUACCGUCGUUGACUCAAAACUAAGAGUUAAAGGGUUCUCCAAUCUUCGAGUAGCGGACGCAUCCGUCAUUCCGGAAGUGAUAUCGGGAAACACGAACGCCGUCUGUGUGAUGAUCGGAGAAAAGGCGGCCGACCUGAUUCGUGGCAUCGACUCUGUGCGUCACUUCAGGAAACCUGUAUUUUCAAAGCUGUGAUCUUAAUUGUUCGCUUUUAAUGGUCUUGAUACAGUUAUAAAAUUGUGUUCAUUUAGAAAUAAUUUGCGAUUGUUUAGUCUUGUUUAGCGGCGAAUAAAAUAUAGUUUGGAAUUCUAAUAAAAUAGGCAUGUAUCCACGUUGACAUCAACUCGAGUGUUGAUAAGACACCCAUCUGAAUUUAAUUAAGACUUAAAAUUUACUAUAUUUUGCUCCCAUUGAGUAGUUUAUAUAAUCUUGUCAAUAUUUUCAUUUGUUUAUACAAAGAUUAACUAAUGCUGUUAAUUAAUAUCGGACGACAUUUCGUAAAAUAGUAACGUAAGUAUGUACAUUAAAGCUAUGCAACCAAGUCAUGGUAUUGGCGUUUUUGCAACAGUUAACUGUGUUUCGCGUCUUGAUUGUUUAUUUGUUUUGACGAUUCACUUAGCAGUCUUAUUUCAAGAAUAUUUAUCGAAUGGUAAAUAAAUACAUAACAUGUUUGUUUUUAUAAGCGCGUUAUAAAAUGUUCAUUUUCAUAAUUAUAAAAAGUUGCUGCAGGGGACCCAUUUAGCUUCCUAUCAGUAGUAGUAGUAAAAUCAUUAAGAAUACAAUGUAUACGUAUCUGGAUCUUUCAGACAACAAUUAAGACGUCAGUUUUUGUUAGUUUUUCAUAAUAAAUUAUUUUUUUAAGAAAGUAUCAAACGAAUACAACACGCAACAUUCUGGACUGAGAGGUGUAAUGCAUGUUUGGAAAUCUCAAUAGGAAAAAUAUAAAUCACUCUGUCCAGUCAGUGGAUUGUGUAUAUCUCGUUUUUGUUCGUGAUGUAAAGCAUUUGACAUACCCACGUUUCCAAAAAAGUGUUGAUUAAACGAAAUAACGAUUGAUGGAUAUAAGAACAGACAUUGGAAGAGCAAAUCGUAAUUUAAUUGUAAUAAUUAUUUGAUUCAAGUUGCCAUUGGGGUAAGUGAGGUAAGAGUGUCGUUUAUUAUUUUGUAUGAUGAUUACGUUAUAAUGUUAAAUCGUGUCAUUAAUAGAGAUCCUUGUCUUCAGUUUCAGGUGUUAUCGAAGUUUUUGUUAUACGACUUGUGUGUUACGUUUGAAGUCGGGUCCUUUUUAUAUAUGAAACAUCAGCCCGGGCCAAUAUGAUCAUAUUGGCCUGGUGGAUACGAAUAAAGACCUCCUCUUGA